AAAGCUAUUAUACGGCUGCCCGGCGAGUCUGGUCUGGGAGACAAGAAGAGGGUCCGAGAUAUGUCGGGAUUGCUGGCAUGGGCCGCCGAUGUAGUUGGUGGCGGAGGGCACAGCAACGACGAGGGCGACAGUUCAAUCCCACUGGUUAUCACUCCGGAGCAACAGCAGUACGUGCGAGAGUUGGAUCGGAAAGCUUCCGCCCUCACCCGUUCGAUCCAAGAUCUCCGGCUAAGACUUCCACCUCAAGAUAUCUCCCAACGCCUCCCUCACCUCCACGCUCACUCCAUUGCUUCCAAUGCUGCUUUGGCGCUCCAGUUGAACGCUCACUCUGCCACAAGAGAACAGGCACAAAUAAGAGAAGUUACAUUGCAAAAAGAAAAUACUGCUUAUGAAAAGGCAAUAUUGGAUUGUGAGAAUAAGAUUGGGGAAAAGCUGCACGAAGCCGAGAGCCUUCAGAGUAGGUUACAGGAGUUGGACUUGAUUGAGAAAAGCCUUGUAGGAGAGCUAGAAAGUGCAUUAGCUGCAUUCAAUGCUAGUCAAUCUGGUGAAUUGUUGUAUGAUUCCACUACCAAAGCAGAAGAUCAAGAUGACGCUGAAAUGUCAAAAUCUGACCUGCUAGAGAAGCUAGAGAACAAGAGAAAAGAAUUGUUUUCACUUGAAGGGAUGGUGCAAGAUUUAGAGAAAAGGUGGGCAAAGGUUCAAGAACAUGCAAUGAAACAGCCCUCUCCAGCUCAACGAGAAAAAAAUUUGGACAAACAAUUGCACAGCCUGAUGGAACAAUUAGCUGCAAAACAGGCGCAAGCAGAGGGGCUAGUCAGUGAGAUCCAUAUGAAGGAGGUGGAACUGGAGCGAGUAAAUGGACUAUGGAGAAGACUUGAAACUAGCACUAUAGAUGUAAAUACGGCCCGGAAUCGUUUCGGAAGGAGCAACUCAGACAAGGGGCCAUUUGCAAGUGAUUAUAAUAUUGAUCCUUACCAAAGACUUCCCUAUCACACUGGAGGCCGCACUGAGAGCCAAGAGAGGAUUAUGCUACUCAGGUCGGCUUUUGUUGUUUAUAUCUUAGCAUUACAUAUCUUGGUCUUCAUCAAGUUAUCAUUCUAAUGUUGUUUCUUAGUAUUCCUACUGGUCUUUAAUCUCACAUACCCGUAUAUGAUGUGUUGAAAUGUAUCAUUAAGUUUUUGUCUUUUCAAAUCUACAGUUGUCCUUA